GAAGGCUUUGAGGGAAGGACGCGUGGGCAGCAGAGGCCCGCCCACCUGCCCGCCUCAGCCCAGCCAUGGCCGUGGACAUCACGCUGCUGUUCAAAGCCAGUGUGAAGACGGUGAAGACCCGGAACAAGGCGCUCGGGGUCCCGCUGGGCGGCAGCGACUCCUCCCGCGAUGAUGCCCUCCUCAUCCUCAAGCGCUCCCGGCCAAGGAGCGACUUCUCCAACCGGGCCCGGGAAGUGGUCAACAAUAUCGGAAAAUUGAAAGAUUUUCUUCUACAGCACAGGAAAGACUACAUUAAUGCCUACAGCCAUGCUAUGUCUGAAUUUGUGCGAAUGACUGACAAUGAGCGAGAUCAAAUCGACCAAGAUGCCCAAACAUUUAUGAGAACGUGUGCAGAUGCAAUUCAGCAACUUAGAACAGAAGCUCACAAGGAUAUUCAUUCCCCACAAGUGAAGCAACACAGAGAAGCUGUCUUGGAUUUCAUUGGAGACUAUUUAAAAAGAGUGUGUAAGCUGUAUUCAGAACAAAGAGCUAUUCGAGUUAAGCGAGUUGUUGAUAAGAAAAGAUUAUCCAGGCUUGAGCCUGAACAGAGCAAUAAAUCCAAAACGAGUUCCUCCGAAACAACUGUCCAAACAUCUUCAGAUGAAAUGGAGGAAAAAUCCAUUAGCGAAAUCAGCAAAGAUAAAAACGUGAUAGAUGAACAUACUAAUUUUGGACUUUGGGGUGAUAGCAAAGGAGAAGAUGAGCUUUCACCUGAAGAAAUUCAAAUGUUUGAGCAGGAAAACCAGCGUCUUGUUGGUGAAAUGAACAGCCUGUUUGAUGAAGUGAGACAAAUUGAAGGAAAAGUCGUUGAAAUAUCUAGGCUUCAGGAGAUAUUCACAGAAAAAGUCCUACAGCAGGACGUUGACAUUGACAAUAUCCACCAGAUAGUUGUGGGUGCAACUGAAAACAUCAAAGAAGGCAAUGAAGACAUAAGAGAGGCAAUCAAGAAUAAUGCUGGAUUUCGUGUAUGGAUCCUCUUCUUUCUUGUGAUGUGUUCCUUUUCUUUAUUAUUUUUGGACUGGUAUGGGAGCUAACCUUGGCAUUUGGAUAACCCUGAGUCAAGACUGACAAACCAAACUUUGACCGAAGAUGUCUUCUUUGCAAAGCCUUGUUGCAUUUCAUAUAUCACCGUGAUGGAAUUAACUUCAUUCUCGAGGCAAAUAUUCAGGCCACGCUAACACUACUCAGGAAUAUGGCAGAAGAAGAAAAAUCUCGAGGCUACUAGCAGAUCGAAAAAAGUAUAAUGCCAAUCUUUGUAAAAAGAAGUGAUGGUCCCGAUUUGGCUAGAUAUGUCGAAGUAUCUACAAUGGAAGCCAUUGUACUGCAUGAACAUAAGUGGCUUUCCAAACAUCUGUCCAACAUUUAUUUUAAAUUUAUAGACUCUCACUAAAUAAAACUAAUUUUCUACAUA